AUGAACUGGAAGGUCCUUGAACACGUGCCCCUGCUACUGUAUAUCUUGGCAGCCAAAACCUUAAUUCUCUGCCUGGCAUUUGCCGGAGUCAAAAUAUACCAAAGGAAAAGGCUGGAAGCAAAAGAGCAAAAACUGGAAGCUGAGAAAAAGCAGCAGUCCGAGAAGAAAGAGAACUAA